AAACGGUUAAAAGCCAGUUGACGUAGGCUAGCUAGCGUUAGCUGUCAGCCGGGUUCAGUCAUUGUGCAGGGAUGGAGGUGACACGCCGAAAUUAUAAAGACAGUUUAAACACGGUGUACAGUGCGAUAGAGGAGGCUGACUUUCUUGCCAUCGAUGGAGAAUUUUCAGGGAUAAGCGACGGUCCUAAUGUCAGUGCACUCACCAACGGGCUGGACACACCGGAGGAGCGAUACACGAAGCUGAAAAAGCACUCCAUGGACUUUCUGCUGUUCCAGUUCGGGUUAUGCACAUUCAAGUACGACCAGACGAAGUCAAAGUAUAUCAUAAAGCCUUUUAAUUUUUAUGUAUUCCCAAAACCGUUCAACAGGACGUCCCCCGACAUAAAGUUCAUCUGUCAAAGUUCCAGUAUUGACUUCUUGGCCAGUCAGGGAUUUGACUUCAACAAGGUGUUUUGUAAUGGAAUCCCGUACCUAAAUCAAGAAGAGGAAGCCCAGCUGAGGGAGCAGACGGAGGAGAGGAGAAACCAACAUGCGAACGGUGUAGGGACCCCGUCUUACAUCUCACCAUCCUCCUCCAAAGGCCCUGCACACGUACCUGAGGAACAUAAAGACUUCAUCAACAGGGUUAUGUUUCAGAGAAAGCUGAUCUACCAGACGCUGAACUGGAAAUUUCCCAAGGGGCUUCACGUGGAAACCAUCGAAACAGAAAAGAAGGAGCGAUACAUCCAGGUCAGCAAAGUAGAUGACGAGGAGAGGAAGAGGAGGGAACAGCAGAAACUGGAGAGAGAGCAGGAGGAGCUGAAUGAUGCUGUUGGCUUCUCCAGGGUCAUCCAUGCCAUCUCUAAAUCUGGUAAACUUGUGGUUGGCCACAACAUGCUGUUGGAUGUGAUGCACACCAUCCACCAGUUUUACUGCCCUCUGCCUGAGGAUCUUCAAGACUUUAAAGAGGUCACAAUGUGCGUUUUCCCAAGACUUCUGGACACAAAGUUGAUGGCUACCACUCAGCCUUUUAAGGAGAUGAUUACUAACACCUCUCUGGCAGAGUUGGAGAAACAGCUGAAGGAGAGCCCCUUCAAGUCACCACAAGUUGAAACGGCAGAGGGGUUCCACAGUUACGACACAGCCCAGGAACAGCUCCACGAGGCUGGGUACGAUGCCUACAUCACUGGCCUCUGUUUCAUCUCCAUGGCCAACUACCUGGGCUCUUUCUUGACUCCACCCAAAGCAUACAUCUCGGCUCGCUCCAAACUCAUCGAGCCAUUCUUCAACAAGCUUUUCCUGAUGAGGAUAAUAGAUAUCCCCUACCUCAACAUCACAGGACCAGAUUUGCAACCUAAAAGAGACCAUGUCCUGUACGUCACCUUCCCAAAAGAAUGGAAGACUAGUGACCUCUACCAGCUGUUUAGUGCCUUUGGAAACAUCCAGGUUUCAUGGAUAGACGACACAUCAGCAUUUGUGUCUCUAAGUCAAACAGACCAGGUGCAGAUAGCUAUGAACACCAGCCGCUAUGCAGAGAGUUACAGGAUCCAGACAUAUGCAGAGUACAUCCAGGGUAAGCAGCAGGACAAGGAGAAGCUCGGCCAGACAGCCAAAACCUGGGGAGACGAUGGCUGGGUCAAAUCUCACUACACCUCCUCCACUACUUCUGGAAGUUUUGGAUAUCCAAGGGGUUUGAGGAAACGCAGCAUCAGUCCCGUUCAGGGAGAGCAGGGGACCGGAGAGGCUCUUACUACAGAUGGCUGGAGUCACUACUCCUAUCCGGAUAGCACAGGCAGCAAGAAGAUGAAAACUGAUGACAUAAGUGGACAGGCAAAUGCAGAAGCUGUCGAGAGCAAGACCUCAGAAGGAUGGUUAAAGACGGCAGAUUCAUCAGAUUCUGCAGGGUUAAGUCCGAUCCCUGAUGAGGAGGAGGAGGAGGAAGAGGAAAGUUCUGAGGGCACAAAUCCAGCCAAUGAUGCUGAAGGGACAGUCACCUGGCAACAAGCCACGAGGAAAGGUCAAAAGAACAAGAAAAAGAAGUCUAAAGAUUCUGGAUCUAAAACGUCACUGUUUGAGGUCCCAGAGGUCUGGUAGCGAGAGGUGAGGAGUGGAGAGGCCACUGUCCCACACUGAGCGGAGUCUCUUCGUAAGCGCUUCGGGCGCUCUCCAGUAAAGAUGUAUCACUGGGAGUGGUGCACGCCCUAAAUUCAUUCGUUCACUCAACAGCUGUGGAUAACGUGUCCAGCGCUACCAGCCAAGCUACUUGACUGGACUAUUGAAAGAGAGGACACAAGCCAUAACGACAGCUGCCAUAUUUUGAUCUUGUACCAGAGGAGCAGGCAACUCUUCCGGGUAAACACGCACACACACUAGAAUCUUAAAAUCUAAACUCCAGAAAUAUUAUUUUAUUCUCUCAUGUGUUCAGACUGGAAUCUGCUACCACAGCCAUGCUAUCACUGAAAUCAUUCAUCAGUUUUAAUGACGGUCACCUCCAAACAGUCUUAUAUUUUGAGUGUGUGUGUUUGUGCAUGUGAGGGAGAUUACAUUUUCUCCAGUCUUCGUAUCUCUGUGAAUCCGUUUCAUAAUUUGUGAGAUAAAAUGCCACUUGACAGGACCUGUAGUUUACAAUGUCUGGGUUAUUUAGUAUUUUAAUGCAGUCAAAUGUAUUUUGCCAUUUUAAGAAAAAAAAAAAAAAAGAAAUCAUUCUGUCAACUUCCCCAGUUUUAUCAAACAUAUAAGCUUAUCAAUGAUAAUGUGAUGUUUAUUAUUGGUGGCAUUUCGAUCCUUAAUGAGAGGUGCUUGUUUUUUUUGUACAGAGUUGUUUUCUUUACCUUUUUUGUGUUUAAUGUUUUGUAACUGUCAACCUGCAACAAUGUCAAAAGUGUGUUUAAAAUGCAAAAGGUGUAAACGUUAAGAUGACGUAUACGUUUUUGUAUAAGAUCUGUUUAAAAAAAUCCUUAAAUAUUUCCUUGGAAAGGGAAACAAUUAAAGAAUGUUUCUUAGUA